AUGGCUGCGGGCGGCCCGGAGGCUCCGCGGCCAAAGGCUGCCUCCGAAGCGCCCGUGGGGGGACCGGCUGGCGUCCUGCCUUGUCUGGAGCUGCCAACCUACGCAGCUGCCUGCGCGCUCGUGAGUAGCCCCAACUCUUGCCUGGUGGCCAGGAAGCACCAGAGGCACAUCGCCUUGUCUCCACGAUACCUCAACAGGAAGCGCACCGGCAUCCGCGAACAGCUCAACGCCGAGCUCCUACGCUAUUCCGAGAGCCUUUUAGGUGUGCCUGUGGCAUAUGAUAACAUCAAAGCAGUGGGUGAACUAGGAGAUAUUUAUGAUGAUCAAGGACACAUUCAUUUUAACAUUGAAGCAGAUUUUGUUGUUUUCUGCCCUGAACCAGGACAAAAGCUUAUGGGCACAGUUAAUAAAGUGUCUUCCAGCCACAUAGGCUGUUUAGUACAUGGAUGUUUCAAUGCCUCGAUCCCUAAACCUGAACAGAUGCCAGUUGAGCAGUGGCAAGCCCUGGAGAUAAACGUAGGAGAUGAACUAGAAUUUGAAGUAUUCCGUUUAGACUCCGAUGCUGCUGGAGUGUUCUGCAUUCGGGGAAAACUGAACGUUACUAGUUUACAAGUCAAGAGCUCUGAAGUUGCUGAAGAAGUUACAGAACCAGUUGCAGAGGAAGCUGAUGAAAAACCUCCAAAGAAGAAAAAAGAGGAAGCUGAUGAAAAACCUCCAAAGAAGAAAAAGAAAAAGAGGAAAGACCUGGAGACUUAUGAAGUGGCAUCUGGUACCACAGAGCUGGUAGGUGUCACCACCAAGGAAGAAGCUGACCAGCAGAUGAGUAACGGUGUGGAUGGGCUCUCAGAGCAAAAGCCAAAGAAGAAGAGCAAGCACCAGGAAGAUCAGGACCAGGACCCCCUUCUUCACGGGAGUGACUCCAGUGGUUACCAAAGUGACCACAAAAAGAAAAGAAAGCGAAAACACGAGGAGAUGGAAUUUACCCCAAUCUUGGAACACUCGCCUAAAAAGAAAAAGAAGGAGUAG